UGGCUGCUGAAACACUCGGACUUAACUUCAGUAAUAGGGAAUGAAGAAUGGCCUUCCAUCACGGGCUAUCAAGAUGACUUCCUAACUUCCUUUUUAAAUGAUAACCAGUACAAUUUAAUGGAGCCAAAUACGAUACCUGGAGAACUAGACUCGAUACCAUCGUCAUCUUCCGACAGUGGAUUGUCCAGUUCACUCAGUCUCUCCUGUGAACAGCAACUGAGUCCGCUGCUGCCUAUCGAGGAAGACCAAAGUGAAAUUAUGAAUUCGACCCUUAGCAGUCCACAAAAUGCAAUGGAUUUCGACUAUUCGGGCAGUCCAAACCAGUCCAUAGGUAGCGUAGAUACAACUUUUAGAUCCGCUGCCAAUUCUAAUAUUGGUUCUCCUGUUCCUAACCCUACUGAGGAAAUGGAGUGCCGACAAACUUUCCUUGACGUUGCUAAUACAGAAGUAAAUGAAGAUGGAGAUACCGGAUCGACAAAACAAGAAAAACAGAUUGUUGAUGUUGAUAUGAGUGCAAAAGAACGAGUACAAGUUACGACACCGGACAAUACAAUACAUCUACGAAACAUCUCGUGUAAUGGAAAGCGUAAAAUUCGACAGCUAAUACGUGUUACACCCAUUGGAUCUCGUAAUUCAAGAUCUUUACUUCUUCCACUAAACACAACUGACAUUAAAGAAGUUCGAACUAUAAAAAUUAUUAAUGCUGUUCAAGCAAGAAACCUCAAAGGUUUCAAGAUCAAUCAAGGUCAUGUCAUCAGUAAGAAUCUACAGGUAAACAUAAAGCAGGAAGCAUGGAAAUGCGAAAAAGGAGCCAACUCUAACAACGCAAUUUCUGAAAAUAAUUCUCAAUAUCAGCCAUUAAAAUUGAAUUCUGAGGAGAAGCGCUUGCUACAAAAGGAAGGAAUAACCCUCCCCACUCACCAUCCACUUACGAAAACAGAAGAACGUGAACUAAAGAGAAUAAGACGUAAGAUUCGCAACAAGAUUUCUGCUCAAGAUUCACGCAAAAGGAAAAAAGAAUACGUUGACGGACUGGAAGACCGUGUUAAAAAAUGUACCGAGGAAAAUGUAACGCUAUUAAAGCGCAUCAAGACCUUACAGUCGCAGAACCAAAGUCUUGCGGGUCAACUGAAAAGGUUGCAAGCUCUUAUUCAAAAAGGAAACAAGAGCGCUCAACCAGCAACUUGUCUCAUGGUCUUUCUAUUGUCUUUGGCUCUCGUCGCUGUGCCGAAUCUACGACCACAUUCUAAUGUCAGCAGUAAUGAACUUAUUCAAGAACAAAAGCAACAAGAAAAGAUGCCACCUGUGGCUGGUCGUUCAAGAUCUUUACUGUACACCAAGCAGCUGAUGGAAGAAGAACUUCAGCAAUACGGAGAAGAUCUGCUUCAAGAAGUGGAGGGAUUAAUGGACCAUGAUUACAGUCCAAUUCAAAUGCCCACCUACAAUAAGCCCCGCUUCGAUACUGAACUACCUCUCAAAUAUAUUUCUUCUUUUGACAUUGUAGGAGGGACGCUAGGGCCAAAAACAGAUAUGCGUACAAAUACUUUUCGCAAGUACAUAGAACCGCCGUUGGAUGAUGAUUGGCCACCUCCCAAGCCAGGAGGGAGAUCGGGAGCAAAAAUUCUUGAUAAACUAGAAACACUUACAAAUGAGUUAAAGAUUAAUAUUUCGGAUUUCGAAAGUACAAGAACUGUGCUUUUUAAAGUACCACAAGACCAGUGAUUAUAAGUCAUUAUUAGAGACGAUUUAAAAUUUUAAUAUUGUCAAUUUUUUCACAGAUUUGCUUUAAAUAAUUGACAGACCUAAAAUGUAAUUUUUUUAAUGUUCUUUUACCGGGGCUUUGGUGGUGCGGAACCCAUCUUAACCAACAAGUCCCAUCAAAAGAUGUCGAUUAUCUUCCAGGAAUCGGGCUCCAUGUCAAGGAGACUAGACUUGGCGAUCAGUAGUCGACUUUUAAAAGACUCGGAAAAGAGUUCGCGAUUUCCUUGCUUAGGGUGUUGAGGGGAUUAGUGCUCGGUGGUCGUUAGUCGAUUUCGAAUAAUAGUCACAGGUCUUAUUAUGACAAACUAUGUGAUCAUAAAAAAAGUAAUAAUUUUCUUGAAUAUCAAUUAAUUUUUGAUUACAUCAGUAUAUGUAUUACCAUUAGGAUAAUCCAGAAAAAGUUCAAAAAUAAUUCCCUCAGUGAGUUUUUAAGCAGGAUUUUUUUAAAUUAUUGAGUCAAUUUGCAAGGACCGUGUUUUAUAUAAAAAGCCGUUUCUGUUGCUUUCUCACAAUUAUACAUUAUUGAAUAUUUUAAGGAGUUAAUUAAACUCUUAAUCUCAUUCCUGAAGCGUUGUUUUGUGAUUUAUUCUCUUAAUAUCGAAAUACGUGCAUACAAAAGUAACUCACUAUGCAGCCAUCGGUCAUGGAUAGUUUAUUUGUAAAAAGUUUUAAUAUAUCUUAAUGUGGUAGGAACAUAUGAAUAUUAAGGCUUCUUUAUUCAUAUUUUUAAGCGCAAAUAUAAUAUUCUAAAUAAUAUAAGCUGUAUAAAGUUCUUUAAGAAGCAUCUGUAAGCUUAUUGUUUAUAUGUUUCAAACUAUUUUAUUUUUUCUAUGGUUAUUAUUUUAACACAAGAAGAAAUGAAUUUUAGUAUUAUUUUAUUUUGCUUGGGUCUACUACACUGCUCCUGAUUCUGGGACCCUAAAUCUUCGGCCGUCUUCACGCUUGACUGCUUCUGGCUCCCCUCUGAGCAUUCCUUUCCGGCUUAUACGCUCGGAUAGUCAGUACUGUAUCAGAAGUUGCUUACUUCGCUCUUCUCUGAGUGCUGCUGGAUCAUACCCACACUGAACGUUACUAAAUAUCAUUGUCCUACUGGAAGUGUGAACACUGUAUCAUAUAACCAAAACAUAUUACAAUAUACAUACUUAUUUCUCCUCAUUUCAUGCAUUACUGUUAGGAAUAAAAACAGAUAUCUGACCCUUA